AUGAAAACGAGUAGUAAGAAUGUAGCUGCUGGCAAAGGUCAAUAUCAAUAUGAAGGGGCAACCUCUGGAAGUGGAAGGCCGAGAACUUCGACCCCAGGAAGGGGAGGGGGAAAUCAGCAGGAGUUCAGAAUUACAAAACCGCCAAUGCCGUAUAGUUCAUAUACGCCCUUGAACACACCAAGAGCAGCAAUUUAUUCAGUUAAUCAGAAUAAAGAAGGCUGGACGAGGCCGAUUCCGAUGAAGGCAAGACCAAGAGAUGUUAAGAAGUACUGUAUGUUUCAUAGAGAUGUGGGUCAUUAUACCAAAGAGUGCACGCAGUUGAAGGAUAAUAUUGAGGAAUUGAUAAGAAAAGGGCACUUGACUCGGUAUCGGUUAAGUGCGGGAGGAGCUCAACCACCCCCCCGGCAGAUAGAAAGACAUCAGUUGGAGGCAUGGCCGGAAAGGUCACAAGGUGGAGUGGUCCGACAAGGAGGUGGUGGAAUGCCUCCCCUAUCAACAGGAAGAGGGGUAGAUGUGAUAACUGGGGGGCCGGUUCAUGGAGGAACAAUUAGUGGGGCUAAGAAACAUCUGUCUGAGCACCGUCACAUCAUCAAUGCCCUGGAUACCAACAACCGCCCUCGUCCAGCUUCAAUCCCAUAUGUUGUAUUUACGGAAGAGGACACCAGGGGUAUUGUAUUCCCACAUGAUGACCCACUAGUGCUCAUAACAAAGAUCAAUGGAGCUGAUGUCAAGAGAGUUCUGGUGGAUGGAGGCAGCUCUGCGAAUGUCUUGUUCAUGAAAGCUUUUAAUGAAAUGAUGAUUGGGAGGCAGUAUCUGACGCAAGUAUCUUAUCCGAUCAUUGGGUUCAAUGGAUCGACAGUGAGACCAGAAGGAAGCAUAAUUUUGCCGGUACGGUUGAGUGAUGGGCCGAUUACGAGAGAUGUGAUGGCAGAAUUUUUAGUGGUCAAUGUCCCAUCAGCUUAUAAUGCCAUUAUUAGUAGACUGAUAAUUCAUGAUGUCCAAGCGGUUGUAUCGACAUACCAUCUGACGAUAGCUUAUGUAUCGAAUUUAGGAGCUGUUGAAAAGGUUCACGGAGGGCAGGUAAUGGCGAAAUCUUGCUAUGUAACGGCUUUGAAAAAUCCAUCUGGGGAGGAUGCAGUGACAAGUAAUCCAAAGAAAGAGCUGGAACCAACGGUACGGGAUCUGGCCAUGAGCAACUUUCAUACAAGGCCGGAAGCAACUCCAAUGCCGUUGACGGGAGGUGAAACGGUGCAGAUAUAG